GCCUUCAUUUGCAUGUCUUAUGUUUUUUUUUUUGUCUGUUUAGCUAAAACAAUUUUAUGCUUUUAAAAUAUUUUAUUUAUAAAGCAAAAUAUCUAGCGAGAGAUGUUUUUAAAAUGUUUACAUACAGUAAAUGUUAACCAGGUGUUUUCACACUAACAUGUACAGACUAAAAUAUUUUGGGGAAACAUUUUUGAGUUUCUGUGUAGUCUGUAAAGCCACUGGCUGUCCUUUUAAUGUACAGAGUAAAUCUGUCACAGGAACCUAGAUUUAAGCCUCGAGUAAAAGUCCUAACUGGAUACUCUCAGUCAACAUAACUGGACAACGUUUUCUAUAGCUUUUUGAUGCUACACCAUUGCCAUAUAAAGAUCUUUACAUGUCUUAACAAGAUACGUUUUGACUUGCAAAUUCCCCAGAGAAGUGGGGAUACAGAUUAUAUAGCUAUAUAUUUAGAAAUGUUUUAAAAAAAGCUAAACAACACAACUUCACCUUGAGAACUGCAUUCAUCAGUGGUGAGCGGUAAGAUUAUAAAGGAGGAUUUUAGAAGACGAAAGGGAACCCCCUUUACGUGUUUAUCCAUCUAAUUACUGAAGAAUCUGGCUCGCGAAAAACAAAAAGGGACUGUUUUCAGAACGGUGACAACGAGCCUGUAAAGGUCUCACUAAAAUGCGCUGCAGAAUCCUUCCCCACGAGAGGCAGCUACUUUAGAAACGGUCUGAAAAUAGAUCCAAAAUGAGGGAGGCUGCCUCCAAAGGAGGGACACUUUGCAGCCUGGAUUGUCACAGUCGGGAAGAAGUGACGCAGUUGAUGUUCACAGCAGUUCUGUGCUUUCAUGCAGCUACUGAGCCCAUGCAACUAACUCCCAGCUGAAUUUUAUUUUAAAAUCUGCUAAUGCACCAAGCGUAUCAUGCCUUUGCAGCCCAGUGCCACGAGAAAAACCGGGAGGCUGUCUGGCAUUUCAGCAUGCAGCUCCAGAAAUAUGCACCUUCUGUAUUUGAGAAGUAUACCACCAGUAUUACCGUUGACAAUAAAGAAGUAAUUCUGAAUUUGUAUGACACUGCAGGGGCUCCUCUCACUGGUCUGAACCAAAUGCUAACGAAGGAUUGUGAAAACUUCAAAGGGAGAAAAAUAACCAGAGGAAGGCAGGAGGAUUAUGAUCGGCUACGACCACUUUCAUACCAGAAUACAAACAUGGUCUUAAUUUGUUAUGAUGUUAUGAACCCUGCUAGCUAUGAUAAUGUUUUAAUUAAGUGGUAUCCUGAAGUAAGUCACUUCUGCCGUGGAGUCCCUCUAAUACUUAUCGGCUGCAAAACAGACCUUCGAAAGGACAAAGAACAUUUACGUAAGCUCAUGUCUUCUGAGCAGGAACCAAUCACAUAUACCCAGGGUGAAGCAACUUGUCAGCAGAUGAAGGCACAAGCUUAUCUGGAGUGCUCAGCCAAGUGUCGAGAAAACAUAGAGGAUGUUUUUAAAGAAGCAACAAACAUUGCACUGAAUGCCAUGAAAAAAGCUAAGCGCCGAAAAAAGAGGAAACGGUGUUCAAUAUUAUGAUCCAGACCACUAGAACUAUAGAAGAGUUUGUUAAAAUCUUGAUACAUGUAUUACCAAUAGUUUAUUUUUAUAAUUUCUUUUUUUCAGUACAUUUAUUCCUACUUUGAUUUUAUUUUUGAAAUUUGAUUUUGUAAUAUUGUAUGCUUUUGUUGCACCUCCUAUGAAGAUUUCAAAGUGCUUUAUUGAUAUUAGGUUGAGAUAGAUGGCUAUGCAUAUCUGGAUUUUGUUUAGGACUGUAAAUGACUGUCAGCCAGGUUCCAAAUCCACUAUCUUUUAUUUAUACACUGGCAGUCUUUAUUGCUCAUAGUUUUAUUCUAGGACAUAGGUGCUGGUACUUCUGGCUCUGAUUUAUUGGUCUUGUUCACUACUGAAUUGACAUGGAAAGGAUAGAAAUGGCUGCUUCUCUCGAAGGAAGAGUGAAGUUAAAUCAGAGCGGAUAGUCAGAUUCAGAAAGGAUAAAAAUCAAAGUUCUAUAUUGAUGAGUUCUAAUUAUAAUUACAAAGCAACAGCUUUAUUAACCAUUCUUCUCAGAGUAGCCUCAAGCAACUGCCCCAAACUAUGUACAUGUACUUUUCUGCUGCAUCUUUAUUAGAAUGUCCACUUUGUAAAGCAGCUGUUUGGAAAUCUGUUGAGUGGUCUCUCCCGAUUGGAUUGAUGAUAAUAGAAAGUGUUUUACAUCCUUUGUUAUAGUCUACUCAGAAAGCCGCUAAAUGCUUUACCUCUGGCAGGUAACAGCAGCCACUAUUUUGAUACCCAGAGAGAGGAUCUAAUGUGCAAUACAAGCAAAACUUAUUUUAAAAUAAAAGUUCAAUUUAUUCAACAUUGUGUGCCUUUACGAUGUGUGGCAAAUUGAGCUGUGCUACUUACAUCUGUGUUAAGAAUUACAUGGUAAAAUCAUCCCUGCUGCUCCAUAAUGAAUAUUUUACCUUCAAGCACAUCUAGUUAAUAAUGCAUGCAGGUGUCCUAGUUGCUUCCCAUUUAAGUGAGAGGAACCAUCCCAUUAAAGUUAGCACCUGCACUCCAAGACUUUAAAGUCUUGCAAGAAAUUUCUCUGUAUGCGAGAUUGCUACAGCUGAAGAUUUUUCACAAUAAUGUUACACUACAGAAAUAGCAUGUUUUAAAAUAUUUUACAGCAGAGGUUUUUUCUGAAAUAUGCCGUGGUUUGGGCUGUAAUAUACAGUCCAUCCUGGGGGAGAGUGGGUUGUGUUCAUAGCAUGUCAGCAAGUUAUUUCUCUGUCCGAGACGCUUACAUUUGCAGUUUUUGCCAGGAUUCCUGCUAACUUGAAAAGUUCUAAAGGUCAGGUUAUUAGGUUAGAAACAUUAAGUUUCCCGUCUUAUCUUCACUUGGUUGUGGAUACAGCUAAUAGAAAAAUCUGCCUUGGGGUGGUCUAUUUCCUUUGUGUUGUAUGCAAGUGGGAUGCAGAGGUUUUGUUAACUUGGAAUUGACCCCAAAACAAGCCUGCAAAAACAUCUAAGGACCAUUAAGAUUCAUGGAAGUCUUUACAUACCUCCAAGCUCAAAAUGGAAUAAUCUGGAUAUCCAAAACAAGCUUUGGACAUUCUACUUAUGUCUAGAGGCAGACUGAACAUGAAGGGAAGGAGGGAAAACCUCCAUCGCUCUAUCAAAAAAAAAAAAAAAAAAAAGCAAAGCUGAUUCAGGAGCUACACAGCCCUCAUUAGAUGGAAAAACAUAGUAAGAUGUGGGUGUGUUUUCUUAGCAAAGAGGGACAAAAUUUUUUUUUUUUUUUUUUUGCUACAAAGCAAGCUAUAGUAUAUUGGCAAAAAUUCAGUAUACAGUACUCUAAAAAGCAAUGCCUGAGAUUGACAAACAUGGUGGUGCUCAUUCUGUUUACCUCAUCCAGUGCACUAAGUGCCCCAUAAACAACUACAUGGAGUGAAACCAGACACACAGUUGCUAUGCUCUCGAAUGAAUUGCACAGAGGAAAAUAAUAAUACAAAAACACUUUCCACAAAUGAAAUUAGGAGAAGGAGAAAAUUGAAGUAAUUAGAGGCCCAAAUGCUGCAAUUACAGCCUUCGGUCAGAACCAUUUUCAGAAGAACAUGGUUUUGGAAAACAAUGGUAAAGGCAACAUUUAAAAGAAGGUCUUGAAACAGCUCUGUGUUGUACUAUUUAUUUCGUGCGUUUUUCAGGGCUGACCAGAUUACCUGAUCUCUAGCUGAAUAUCACCAGGCUUCCUGCAAACAAAGCCAGUAACAAAACAUAACAUUUAAACCAUUAACUUAAAGUUUGUUCUUUAAAUAGUUUUUAAAAAGUGUGCAUAGCAGCAUGGUACAAAUAUGGGCAAGUUUCACAGUACACACAGGUUAGCAUAGGCCACUGAAAAUGUAAUGUUUUAAUUAACAGAUUGAGAGAUAAACAUUAGGUCUGCAUUACUGGUUAACCUAAAGCAUUUUUAAUGUUUUACUAAUUAGUACCUGGAAUUUCAGAAAUAAAAUAGUGCUGGAUCAAAAAAAACCCAACCCAAAAAUAAAACAAGAGAUGAAGGUACAGAAUUACAGUAAAUAUCACUUUCUCCCAAGACUGGCGUUUGUUCUGGCAGGUGCAUGCCACAUUACUGCCGUAUAUACAAAGGAAAAACACGAAAUGUGUUUUGUAUUAAAUAUACUUAAAUACUAGGGCUGCAGGCUGGAGAGCAGUGCUUGCAUAAUACUGUACAACAGUCUGUGCUGGGAGAGUUCACAUUCUUAGCUUAACACAAACAGGAUUUCUUCCAAGGUUUGUUUGCAACAUAGCUGCGGUUUACCAGGUUCAGUCUGAUAAAUUAUUUGCUAAGAGUGGAAAGAAGAGAGAUCCCACAUUUUAGUGUCCACCAUUGCAACCCAGUUUCACAGUUUCUUCAUUUCGUCUUUGUUUUUCUGAAGCUUAGUGUGCACCACUUUUAAAGUAGUAAGAAAGUUUCCAAGGAAGAGCAGCAGAAAUGUGAGAGCCAGUACAAAAACCUGGGGGGGGGG